GUAAGGUUUUGCUCCCCGCCCUCGUGUUGACUUCUUCCUUCUUGCCCUUCCAUCAACACUGUAACUCAUCAUGGCAUCCUCAUCGCCCAUCGACAUAGAAGCCCUCCGCUCGCGGUAUACCGCGGCGGGUCAGGAGCACCUCUUCACCUUCUGGGACGACCUUUCCGCCUCGGAGCAGAGCUCUCUGGCGCACCAACUCUCUGCUUUAGACGUGGAGCGGGUGAACCAAGUCUACGCCAAGGCCCUUGAGGGAGAGAAGGAGGCUGCUCAGCUCGCUGAACAGAAGACUGAGCUGGGUCCUCCUCCCGCCAAGGCUACUGUGCAGACAUCCGGGGAACCACAGAAGGAGGAACACUAUGCCCGUAUUGGAAUGGAGGCCAUUGGCAAGGGACAGGUAGGAGUGCUGCUCAUGGCGGGUGGACAGGGCACACGUUUGGGCUCCUCGGCGCCCAAGGGAUGCUACGAUAUUGGACUGCCGUCGCACAAGUCAUUGUUCCAGCUGCAGGCGGAGAGAAUUGCUCGGUUGCAGUCGCUGGCGGGAGGAGUGAUCACCUGGUUCAUCAUGACUAGCGGGCCAACAAGGAAACCUACGCACGACUUCUUCAAGGAGAACAAGUACUUCGGCCUUGAUGAGGCAAACGUCAUCUUCUUUGAGCAGGGUACUCUGCCUUGCCUGACAAUGGAGGGUAAGAUCAUGCUCGACUCAAAGUCCCGCAUCGCCACGGCUCCUGACGGCAACGGCGGCCUGUACAAAGCGCUCACCACACCUCUCGACGGUUCCACUCCUACAACGGUGACCUCGGAGCUGGAGAAGCGAGGCAUCAAGUACAUCCACUGCUACGGUGUUGACAACUGCCUUGUCAAGGUAGGCGACCCUGUCUUCCUCGGCAUCAACAUCGAGCGCGGUCUCGAGGCGGGGGUGAAGACGGUCAUCAAGACCGACCCCAAGGAGUCGGUCGGAGUCGUGGCCAUGAAAAAUGGCAAGUGGAAUGUCAUCGAGUACUCUGAGAUCCCGCAAGAGCUGGCGGAAGCUCGGGAUGACGGUGGACAACUCCUGUUCAGGGCAGCCAACAUCGUCAACCACUUCUACACCACCGACUUCCUCUCAAGGCGAGUGCCGGACUUUGAGUCCUCCAUGGCCUUCCACAUUGCCCGCAAGAAAAUCCCUACCGUGGAUCUGUCCAGCGGGGCCGUAGUGAAGCCUUCUACGCCCAAUGGUAUGAAGCUCGAACUCUUCAUCUUCGACGUCUUCCCCUUUUGCGAGGAUCUCGUCGUGCACGAAGUGCUGCGCCCCAAGGAGUUCUCGCCGCUCAAGAACGCCCCAAAUACUGGCGUAGACGACCCGCAGACAAGCAGACGAGACCUGCUGAACCUGCAUCGGGGCUGGCUCGAGGCCGCUGGCGCUACAUUGGCCGAGGGUGUCGAGGUAGAAGUGAGCCCACUGGUCAGCUAUGCUGGUGAAGGACUGGAGAAGGUCCAGGGCAGGAAGUUCGAGUCCUCUACUCAGCUCACCUCCUUGUAGAGCCUCCCAUACUGUUCUCACAAUUGGUCCGAAGCAAAUAGAAUGACAUUGUAAAGAGCGCGGCAACCGUAUGAAAACAUUGUGAUGAGACCCACAUCCGAGAGGUAUGAAGAGAUUGAAAAUGCUAUGGUAUCUUGAUGUGGGAUGAAACGGAAUCUAUGCUUGCUGACCUUAGCUCUCGAAGUACCUGCCUUCGACCGCCCCUCUCGUCUGCCUUAUGUCUUGGAAUGUCACCGAGCGUAAACUCUUCCCCAAUCUGUAUCGUCCUCGUCCUCAUCGUUGUCCAGAGCUGCUCGCCGCCGCUCGUCUUCCCGUCGCCACUCAGACGCUGCCGCCUCGUCCUCGUCCUC